CCAUACUGGGCCAUGCCUCUCAUGCAGCCCUAAUCCAGUGACAUUUUCUUGCGAUUUUUAUCACGCUACUGUUUUCUGUCAUACUCGUUAGGUGUGCACCUUUCUGUGAGUUUCUUGGGAUCGCUGCACCAAGAGGGGCGCUGCAUUUCGUUCCUCCUUGUGUGCGACGCAUGAGCAGCUCGAAGGCGGCGGCCGGCGCCGUGGGCGGCAAGGCCGCGCGCGCGUGCGACAGCUGCCUGCGGCGGCGCGCGCGGUGGUACUGCGCGGCGGACGACGCCUUCCUGUGCCAGGGAUGCGACGCGUCGGUGCAUUCGGCUAACCCGCUCGCCAGGCGACACGAGCGCCUGCGCCUGCGCCCGGCGUCGUCAUCGCACCCGCUCGACGCGGGCGCGGCGACGACGUUGAAGAAGCGCCAGCAGGUCGCGCCGGCGUGGUCCAAGCGUAAGGCGCGCACACGCAGACCGCACCUCAAGAGUGUCGGGCAGCUGCUGUCGAGGAAGCUUGUCGUGCCGGAGGGCGGCGUCGAGCCGUCGGAGGAGCGGAAAGCGGAGGAAGAGGGGGCGGAAGAGGAGGAGCAGUUGCUGUACCGCGUGCCGACAUUUGACCGCGCGCUCACCGAGCUCUGCUCGCCGCAGCCGAUCGAUGACGCGGCGGCCGCUACCUCGUGCUGCAGGGAGGACGUCGACGGGGCCAUGGAGAACGCAAAGGCGCCGGUGGUUGCGACGUCGCCCGUGCAGCAGCUCCCGGAUACCCUUGCCAGAUUCGGCCCGACGGAAACCGAGCUCAGAGAGUUCGCCGCGGAUAUGGAAGCCCUUCUUGGCCAAGGCCUGGACGACAGCAACGAGCUGGACGAAUCGUUCUACAUGGAGAGCUUAGGGUUGAUGACGCCGGCGGAAGACGGCGGGCCGGUAAAGAAUGUGCCCGACGACUGCGUUAUCCCCCACAGCGAGGACGCGCUCAGUUUCGGCCCUGCAGAGCUGAAGCGGGAGGCGUCAGUCGAAGAGCUGGACAUAGACUUCAACUACAGCUCGCCCACGGUGGUAGAUGCUGACGACGACGACAGCUUCGAACAGAAGGCGUCAGCAAACAACGGCGACGCCGCGGAUGCGCAGUUCCUGCAAAGGAGCCUGGAUCUCAGGCUCAACUACGAGGCGGUCAUCGAGAGCUGGGGGAGCUCGCCGUGGACCGACGGCCAGCGGCCGCACGUUCAGCUCGACGACUUCUGGCCCCACGCCCACCACUCGGGCGUGUGGACGGCGGGAGGAGGACUUCUGUGUGGGGAGCCGGUGACGCCGCGGUGGGGGACGGACGGCGGGCGGGAGGCGCGGGUGUCGCGGUACCGGGAGAAGCGGCGGACGAGGCUGUUCGCCAAAAAGAUACGGUACGAGGUGCGGAAGCUGAACGCGGAGAAGCGGCCCCGGAUGAAGGGCCGGUUCGUCAAGCGGCCGGCAGCUGGAGGAGGAGCCACCGUUGCUGCCGCCCCGUGCGCCAUCACCUAGCCGAUGAGAUCGCCCGUGCCCGUCUGUGUCGCCAAGCGUGUCGAGGUCGUUGCACUUGCAGACUUCAGCAGGUCUUGCAAGAAUGCAAGGUAUCACGGGCCCGGCGCGGCGUGCAUAAAAUUACUGUCUGAAUUUGUCGAACCUCCUUCAGUUCGUUCGUUCUUAACACCUCGUGUUUCACUCAUCAAUCAUUUCGGCAUCUGUGACUGCUGAGGACUGAGAAAAAAUAGUGCUGUACAUUUGUACAUGGUACAUGGUGUGCAUCGUUUCUUAAGCUAGAACAGUUCGCGAAGCAAACAACAAAAAAGAAACAUGUAAGUUAUAUGCAUGUUGUAAUUAAUCCAUAUACGUGCAGCAACAAUUUUUUGCAUAUAUAAGGUAA